ACUGCGCAUGCGUCAGGCAUGGUGCGCGGAAGCGGAAGGUUGGAUGCGUCGGGUAAGCACCUCAGCAACCAGUAGCCAUGCGCGGCUUGGAGGAGCCGGGUCGUCGGCCUACAGCGACCCCGUGCGGCUGCGUGAAGCCGGCUCUGGAGACAGGGAAUCUUUUAACUGAGCCAAUCGGCUACUUGGAAUCCUGUUUCUCAGCCAAGAAUGGUACUCCAAGACAGCCAUCCAUUUGUAGCUAUUCUCGAGCCUGUUUGAGGAUUAGAAAGAGCAUCUUUAAUAAUCCUGAACAUUCCCUGAUGGGCCUAGAACAGUUUUCUCAUGUUUGGAUUUUGUUUGUUUUUCAUAAAAAUGGUCAUUUGAGCUGUAAGGCAAAGGUGCAGCCUCCUAGGCUGAAUGGUGCAAAGACUGGAGUUUUUUCCACAAGGAGCCCUCAUCGUCCCAAUGCGAUAGGACUGACCCUGGCCAAGCUGGAAAAGGUAGAAGGUGGAGCUAUAUACCUUUCUGGAAUUGACAUGAUACAUGGCACACCAGUACUAGACAUCAAGCCCUACAUAGCUGAGUAUGACUCGCCGCAAAAUGUGAUGGAGCCUUUAGCAGACUUUAAUUUACAGAAUAACCAACAUACACCAAACACUGCGUCCCAGUCUGACAGCAAGACUGACAGCUGUGACCAGCGACAGCUGUCAGUGUGUGAUGAGCCACAACCUCACCGUAGCACUAAGGAGAAACCUAAAUGUCCUGAAGACAGAACUUCAGAAGAAAACUACCUGACACACAGUGACACAGCCAGAAUUCAGCAAGCAUUCCCUAUGCACAGGGAGAUAGCAGUGGAUUUUGGUUUGGAAUCAAGACGUGAUCAGAGUUCCAGUAUGUCAGAAGAACAAAUUGGCCCAUAUGGCCCAGAGAAGAGCUUUUCAGAGAAAGGUACAGACAAGAAGCUAGAGAGAGUGGAAGGAGCAGCAGUCCUGCAAGGAAGCAGGGCAGAGACACAGCCCACGGCCUCUCACUUACCUGCUGGAAGGGCUGAUGGAGCUCCCUGCAGCGUGGUUCCUGCCUGGGUGACAGAGGCCCCUGUGGCCACUUUAGAAGUGCGGUUUACUCCUCAUGCUGAGAUGGACCUUGGGCAGCUCAGUUCACAGGGUGAAUCAGAUCCUGCUGCUGACGGGACAUUCUCCAGCAAGGAUGGAGAUGGGUGCUCAGGUCUGAGAGGCCACGCUAUCCUGAGGAAUGUUGAGAGCCGAAGGAUUCGAGGUUUCCUGAGAUCUUUGGACCAAAAAAAAAAAAAAAAGAGACCCACACAAGACCACAUGCUGCUAAACACACACGAAAAACUGGUGAACAGAAUGGCAUUCUGCCCUCUUUCCUUGCAGUGAGCUCGCUCUCAUCUAACAGCUGCUCAUUCUUCCCACGUGUCCAGCCUGGUAGAUUUGUGCUGUAGCAUGCACUGCUUCAGUCCUGAGAGACUGGCCAGAUUCCAGGGCCCUUGUACUCACUGCUUGAUGAAGCCAGAGGAAUGCCUGCAGCAGAUGAGCACAUUCCCAACCAGUGUGUAAAUGGUAAUGAAAUCACUGCAGCUUCCUGUGGGCAGUCAAACGCCAUGACCCUAACCCCAACAAGAAAAUGCUGAUGGAUAUGUUAAUAGAAAUGGAUUUUCCAGGAUGCAGAGGCCUUGCAUUUUACUCUGUCCUGGAUCAUUACCAUUAAGUUGUAGCAUUAUCUUUUCCUUUGACUUUCAGUAUCGUGAGAUUGCAUUUGCAAGAAAAGGUUUUCUUAGAUCCUCACUUGCUCAGCAAGGAAAUGGGAUGCCGUGGGAAGUUAUGAGUUCCCUGCUUGUGGUGCUGGAUAACUGAUUGGCAGGGAUGUUGUGGAGGUGGAGAGGAGGACUCCAACCCCAGGAUGCUAUCAGUCUUUAGUGCCCAUUGUCCCUAGGACGCCACCAGAGGUACGCAAUCUGAUGCGGAUUUCACAACACAGCUUCUGAGGUUAGUGAUGCAAGUUCAUUCAGGAGAAAACUGCGUGGCUGGUGAGAUGGACCCAGGCUGUUGAGGCUGCUGCUGGGGCUAGAAGGGCCUGACUCAUGCUUCACAGUCCCUGCCAGCAUUUCAGAGGGAAGCGAUGUUGUCUCUUGUUCUUCCUCCGCUCAUCCCCUAAGCUGGGUGUCUGGUCUUCAGCCCUUCUCUCUUUCAUUCCACACAACCCCCUGAGAAAUCUCAGCCACACCCCAGCCUCAACUCCCAUCUCUGUGAUAACUCCUAACUCUGUCUACAGCCUUUACCUCAUCCCUAAGCAACAGACUCAUAUAGCUAACAGUUUAUUGGACAUCUUCAUCUCAUUGUCCUACAUUUCAAACAUGAUGUAUCUUAAAUUGGGAUGUUUUCUCCUGGCUUUAGAUCUGAUGUCCCUCAUCCCCCCAGCCACCUCAUACAGAAACCUUCCUCCAUCUCCCUCUUAAGCUCACUUCUACCUUGUGUGCAAGUCCUGUAUAUUCCACUUCUAUGGUGUCUCUUUUUAUUGGCCUUUUUCAUUCUAGCUGUAUUACCACUGAUUUCAUUCCUGCCAGAGUGAGUAUACUUCAACCCAAGUGGGACUUCACCUCCCCCAGGUGGUCAUUCACCUCAAGAAAAACAAGCAUAAAACACAAAAAGACUGACAAUACCAAGUGUUGACAAGAAUAUAGAGCAAUGAGAACUCCUGUGCAUUCCUGGUGGGUGUGUAUAUGGGUAGAACAACUUUGGGAAAUUAGUAGUAUCUACUCAAGUAGAUAUAUGCAUAGCCCAUGACCCAGCAGUUCCACUCCUAGGUAUGUACACAGCAGAUUUACCCACAGAGGAGCACGUAAAGGCAUUUGCAGGAAGGUUUACAUCCCCAAACUGGAAACUGCACAAAGCUCAUCAACAAUUGCAGUGCAUCCAUACAAUGGGAUGUUAACCAGCAAUGAGCAACAACAAACCGCAUGUAUGUCUAGCAACAUGGGGGAAUCUUGCAAACAUGUGGAGUGAAAAAAACCACACACAAGAAAAUUGCAAAAACUGGUUUAUGAUGUUAGGAUGGUUAUUUUUCUUGUAUGUAAGUAGUUCCUGAAAGAGGGCCAGAGUGGAUCUCUGGAGUUUUAGUAAUAAUUUGUUGUUGUUGUUGUUGUUGUUUUAAUCUGAGUGCUAUUACACAGAUGUGGUUCAGUUUGUGAAAAAUUUUGUACUUUUCUAUACAUAUGUCACAUUUCAAUAAAAACUUUAGUAAAACACAUCCACCUAUGCAUACAAAACAAAAUCUCUUCCAUGGUUCCUCACACCCAGAGGAGAAAUUUCCAGACCCUAACAGAACACUCAUAGAUCUCCAUGACGUGACCCUGUCUGCCAGGCCUCACCCUUCCCACCAGUACUAUGUGUGCCAUGCACUAGACCAUUCUCCUUGCUGAUCUCUGUGCUACUCCCUCAGCCUGAAUCCCUCUGUCCACCUGGCUCUGUCUGAAGACGCCACCUCUGUGAGGCCUCUUCUGAUUUCUGAGACCACACAUGCUGCUUUUCUCUCUCACACACCUCUGAGCUCUCUCUGCUUGCAUGCGUUCCCUUGACUGAAGGCAGCAUGCCAUGAAAAUGCAGCCCAGGGAGAGAUUUGUGUGGUCUGAGAAAUCAGGAGAGGCCUCACAGAGGAGGUGGCGUCUUCAGACAGAGCCAGAUGGACAGAAGAAUUCCAGGCUGAAGGAAGAGCACUGAGACCUGCACAGAGAAUGUGGAGUGGGCUGGUAGAUGGCACACAUGCCCCAGGUGGGAAGGAGGUGACCUGCUAGACAGUCACAUCAUGGAGAGCAGAAGGUAAACCUCCUCGAGGUGGCAGAAAUGGUGCCCGGUUUAUCUUUGUAGACCCUCUUGGGGCCAGUGCUGUGCCUGUUUGAGAAACGAUUGAAUGUAUGCUCUAAGUUAAGCUGUAGUUCACAGUGCCAGAAAGCCAAGACGCUCAGUGUGCCUGCAAAAAAGCUUCUGCCGAGAGCCGAGUCCCUUUGGAACCAAACACAUCCUGUGGUCCUUCAUUGGCUGCUGACAACCAGGUUGAUGUAAAUGUGUUGUGCAGCAUUGUGGGUAUGUCCAAUUAGACUCAGUGAGAUGGAGCAGCCCCACUAACAUGAAUAAGCCGUGCAAAUAUGUGGUUAAUGACCAUGUCGCUCCAUGUCAAUUCUUAAUCCCGGAUAAUUAGCAGAUACAUAAUUGGUGGAAGAAGGGGAGGUGCUGAUGGAUGGCCCAUCACUUGGGUGAAGCUAAUGAUCCUCUAUGGAUUAAGACCCACCCUUUGUAAGUGUUGAUGGCUCCUAUUUGAAAUGCUCCUUUUGAAAGGGCCUAGAUCCAAGAAAAGGUGUCAGGAACCCCAGAGCCAGGCGUUGGCAUCGGGACUAAUUCCCUGGGCUGCUUCCAUGAAAGGUGGGCAGACAUGUCCCACUGCUGCCAGCCUUGUGCAGGCAGCCAGAGUCCUGGACUGCUCCUGACUUGCUGGGUAAUCCCAAGGAGGGCCUUUUUCCUCUCUUAGUCUCAUCAUUUGUCUAAUAGCAAAGAGCGGGAAGGCUGGGGUGGGUGUGCUGACUUGAGAAUCCAUUGUAGAUGAGAGUUUCCCUCACCUUCCCCUCCUUGACCACACUGGAAGUGUGUCAUUUGCUGCCAUUGAAAUGGUUUGGGUGGACUAGCUGGUCUGGAUGAUAGGGUGCGGUGGAGGGGACAUGCAGGGGUUGAAAGCAGACACCUGAGAUGGAAGCUGGUGGUACUUUAUGUGAUUUGAGGCAGGGCCAGCUAGCUGUCUACCAGGAUGGGUGCAUCUGGUACCAUGGUGUGAGACAUCACUGCACAACAAUUGCUCAGCCAGCAACUCCAUUUCCCAGGCCCCUUUGCACUGAGUCAGGUACAGUACAGUGUUUCAUGUUGUUGAUAGCUGGCAUUUGUUCCAAUUGGCUGGGUGUCCACUCUGACUGGUUGGUGCAUGUGCUGAACUACUCAAAAAGUUUUUAUUUUUUUGGUUUUAAGGAGCAAAAAGUUUAAUAGGCAAGAAAGAAGGAAGAAAGAAGAAAGCAUCUCCCCCAUACAAAGACAAGGGAGUAGGACUUGGAACAAAGAGAAACCCUGUGUGCAGCAGAAAGGCAGUCCAUUAUAUAGGGAGGCUGGAGGAAGCAGUGUCUGGUUUCAUAGGGACCAGGGGAUUGGUUUGACCACGUGUGUCAUUCACACAGCCCCUGAAAACCCUGGCCUUCCCACCUUAGCCUUUUAAUAUGCAAAUGCGAGUCGCCAUGAUGUUCUGAACACAUCUGGAGGUGGCCACUACACUUGGCACAAGUGGCGACAAGGAGAAGAUGGUGGGAAUCACCAUACAGAGUGAACCCAGUUUCUAAUGGCCAACAUUUGCAUAUCAAAGCUUGCAUGCCGGGCCCUUCAAGCCACCUUUUCUGUUAGAAAAUAGAUGGUUGGGGGCGAGGGGGUUGUUUCUUAUAACAGGAAAACUUCCACUGAGAACCUUUACCCUUACUAUCUGUCUACCUAAAAUUUCUUAAUAACUCCUGUAUUAUUCCCCCCUCAAAGAGAAGUAAACCUAAUUGCUGUUAGGGGAUGUUGGAUGAUGAAUCUUUCAAACUAGUUGAAAGUAUUUCUAACACCACUCCUAGAGGUAUGAAUCCCUAAACAAGAAAGAUAUGAUUUAGUUUUAUCCAUUUUGCAUUUUUAAUGAAUGGAAUCAUAAGGCAUGUAUUCAUCAGUGACUUUCUUUUUUAUGCUCAGAGAUUAACAUGCACUGCAAGAAAUAAUGCAUGGAGAUCCUAUGUAUCUUUUACCUAGUUUCACCCAAGAGUAGCCUCUUGUAAAACAGUAGUAUAGUAUCACAACCAGGAUAUACUUACAUAGAUCAAUAUCAGAACAUGUCCAGCACCACUCAUAUUGCCUUUUUAUGUUCACAGCCACUUCCCUCCCACCCACACCCCCUCCUUAACUCUGGGCAAUUACUAAGUUGUUCUCCAUUUCUAUAUUUUUUUCGUUUCACCAAUGAUAUAUAAAUGUUAUAUAUUGAAAUAGACUUUUUCUACUCAGCAUAAUUCCCUGAAGAUUACAGAUAAGUGUUGUAUAUAUCAACAAUUCAUUCCUUUUUAUUGCUGAGUAGUAUUUCAUGAUAUGGAUGUACCACAGUUUAACCACUGAUGUGCCAUAUUUAACCUGUUGAAGGACAUCUGUUUAUUCCCAGUAUUAUUUGUUGCUACUAUGUAAAUAAAGCUUCUAUAAAUGUU